GCAAACAGAGGCACGUUGCAAGCAGCCCAGGCAGAGACCUAGAGCCGCAGCAGCUCUAGACCUUCCAGCAACCUGCCCAGGUGAGUGAGUGCCACAGGGUUACGUGCUGGGGGCAGCAGCAUCCGAUAGGAGGGAGAAACAUAGAGGUCUGGGCUGAAACCACCUUGUGCUCAUAUGCCUGCAGGCGGAAAGCUGCAGAGGACUUUGCUGGGAAGAGAUCCACGUGGAGAAAAUCCUUCAUGCCACAUGUUUUCCGUGAGCCCUAAGACCACAGCUGUCCACAGUGUCAUCUGAGAUCCUGAGAGUCACACACAGUUAUGGGAGAUUCUCCAGCCGACACCACUGAUGAAGGUGCAGACACAUGCUGCAAAGACACUCAGACUGACCUGGCAGAGAGAGUAGCAGCCAUAGAUGUUGCUGUUGGGCCUAAUAUAGAUGACCAAAAUGUUCAAGAAGCAAUAGAAGAGAAUGACACAGUCUUUUCUGACAGUGUAGCAGACAUGCAGAGGAAUGGGAUCCAUAGUGACAUGGUAACAAAUGAAUCUUUACCUUCACAAGACACAGAGGAUGUUAAUCAGAUGAAUGUUCCAAAGAAAGCUCCCACUAGGCCUGUUCUAUCCAGCAGAAAGUUGUCUCUUCAAGAAAGACCUACAGGAAGCUACCUGGCUUCUACCAAUGCUCCAGGCUAUGGUCCUUAUGCAACGGGACCUUUAACACAUAUCUCGCCACGUAUAGUGAGGAGACCAACGAUAGAGUCCAACCGGAUCGCCAUCUCAGAUUCUGAGGACUGUGUGCAAUUAAACCAAUACAAGUUGCAAAGUGAAAUUGGCAAGGGCUCCUAUGGUGUUGUGAAACUGGCCUACAAUGAGAGUGACGACAAGUAUUACGCUAUGAAAGUCCUCUCCAAAAAGAAGCUACUGAAACAGUAUGGAUUUCCACGUCGACCUCCCCCUAGAGGAUCCAAAGCAACUUCUGGUGGGCAGCCGAAACCAAUGGCACCACUGGAUAGAGUUUAUCAAGAAAUAGCCAUCUUAAAGAAACUGGACCAUAUCAACAUUGUGAAGCUGAUUGAGGUACUGGAUGAUUCUGCAGAGGACAAUCUGUACAUGGUGUUUGACCUUCUGCGUAAGGGUCCUGUCAUGGAGGUGCCAACUGACCAGCCAUUCACUGAAGAGCAGGCUCGGCUCUACUUUAAGGACAUUGUCUUGGGCAUAGAGUACUUGCACUAUCAGAAGAUCAUUCACCGGGACAUCAAGCCUUCCAACCUGCUCUUGGGAGACGAUGGGCAUGUCAAAAUAGCUGAUUUUGGAGUCAGUAAUCAGUUUGAAGGGAAUGAUGCCCAGCUUUCCAGUACUGCCGGGACACCAGCCUUCAUGGCUCCAGAGGCAAUUUCAGAUUCUGGCAAAAGCUUCAGUGGAAAGGCACUUGAUGUAUGGGCCAUGGGAAUUACUUUGUAUUGCUUUGUAUAUGGGAAGUGCCCUUUUAUAGAUGAAUACAUUCUGUCUCUCCAUAACAAGAUCAAGAACAAGGCGGUGGAGUUCCCAGAUGAGCCACAGAUAAGUGAAGAGCUCAAAGAACUGAUUGUAAGGAUGCUGGAUAAAAAUCCAGAAACGAGGAUAACGGUUCCUGAGAUUAAGUUGCAUCCCUGGCUAACAAAGUUUGGGGAGGAUCCGCUGCCUCUGGAGGAAGAGCAUUGCACUGUGGUGGAGGUGACUGAGGAGGAGGUGAAGAAUUCCGUCAAGACAAUCCCAAGCUUGCCAGCUGUAAUUUUAGUGAAGGCCAUGCUAAGGAAACGCUCAUUCGGAAACCCAUUUGAGGUUCAGGCCAGAAGGGAAGAGAGGUCCAUGUCUGCUCCAGGAAACCUAUUAAUGUUUCUUCUUGUAUGGAAGCUUUUCUGCACUUCUAAUCAUUUUCAUCCACCAUGUCUGGACUUAGUUUCCUUAAUAGCCUCUUGUGUGGCACUGUGUCAAAGGCUUUUUGAAAUAAAUUAUGUCAGCUAGUUCUCAUUUAUCCACUAUUGUGUUGGCUUGCUCAAGGCACCUGAUUUACAAUAAUGAGCCAGUUCACUGAUUGAAUCAAAGCCAAUUUGUGGUUGUGCCAAAGCAAGGAAGUUUAUAUCUCUUCUUUAAAAAAAAAACGUUAUCUUAUCUAUUGUGACCUUUGUGUGUGCAAGUGCUCAACUGUGCUGUCCUCUUACUUAAUUGUACCCAAUCAGCUUAUGUGCUAUCAUGCAAUCAGCAUUUCUGGCACCUUCCAGUAAUGUUUGAUUACCCUAAAUUAAGACUUGCAAAAAUGGACCUUGUGGACCAGCACAGGAAUGUUUCUAAUUAAAUCAAGAGACAUUGACACAUCAGACAGUAUUUCUUACAUACAGUGAUGUAUUUAACACUGUAAACAGAUAAUUUAAAAGAAUAUGGAUUUUUCUUUUUAUAUAUUGUAAAAGUUAGAUCAGUGCAUGAAUGAAAGAGAUGUAAGCUUCUUCUCUUUCCUUGUGUUUUGCUUCAUUGCAUUUAAGAAAAUACAGAAAGCAAGAGACAAAGCUGUUUUAUUUCUAUGAAAUCUAUGAAGUGGGAGUGUUCAUUGUACUAAGUGAAUUAUGUCUUGAUUACACUCAGUACAUUUGCAAAGAGAAAUUGUGCUAGAUAUUAAACCCAUGCUUCAUGCCAUCCAUUUACAAUGGAUUGUUCUGUAUAAAAUCAUCUCCAAUAUAAAAGUAAAAUAAAACAUAAAAGUACAUGUUAUGCAUGGUUCCAAGUUAAUUAAAAUAAAUCUAGAACAAGUGUAAAGGAUAACAAACUUCUAGGAGCUAACAAUGUUAAAUGACAUUGUUACAGUAUAAGGGCUUGAUAUUGCAAAGUCUGGCCCUGAUCCCACAAAGCACAACUUUAAGCACAUGAGUAGUCCCACUGAAGUCAUAUAUUACAUAUAUUUGAUUGGAGGUCAUAGUCGUACUCAAUGUGCUCUAAUUUAAGCAUGUGCUUAAAUCCUUUGCUGGGUCAAGGCCAGAGUGCUCAGCAUCUUGCAGGAUUAGUCCAAAGGCAAUAUUGUGUAUGCUGCUUCGGAAGUUCACGUUCAGGGACAAUGUGUGUCUUCAGAAUGGUGGGAUAGAUUCUCACCUGGUAUAAAUCGGAGUAGUUCCAUUAACUUUAAUGCAGCUAUGCCACUGAUACCAGCUGAAUAUUUGGCCCAUUUAGUCUUUAAAGCAAGUACACAUAAUACAGAGGGACGGUUAUACUGUAGGGUGGCUGAUCUGUUAUAUGCCUGCCACUAUCUGCCACCUGUCUUCAGUACAUACAGCAUCGACACUGAUGCAGCUCUAUUAUCCAGAUGGCCAGUGAGCUGCUCUGUAUGUCCCAUUUGAGCCAAUAUCCAUGUGAGCAUUUGGUUUAUAAGAAAAAGAAAACAUGACACUUUCACCUAAUGUAUCUAAAGUAAUUUGUAUUCAGUCCUAUGUAAGAUUCAUCUUCGUUAUAUAGGGAUAGCUCUCAUUUUAAGAAUUUAACUGUUCAAUUAGUCUGCAGAAAGAUAGUAACUUUGCAGAAAGUACAAAUCCUUUUGACAGCACCCACACUUGAUCUUCUAGUCUUGUGAAAAGUGUGAUAGGAUUGUAAAAGAUGCAGGUGUUCAGAACUUUGGCUUUACAUCUCAUUGAGCAGGCAGUAUCCUCAGCGUCACAGUUCCCCCUACAACCAUGUGUGUGUCCAGUGGUGACUGAGAGGGAACAAUACCUCCUACUGAAUUGCUCAGAUCAGUUCCUAGGAGCUCUGGGUAUCGCUGAGCACACCAGCACCCACUGGUCUCAAUUCUGCUGUCCUCACUCAAACAAACCUCCCAUGAAAGCGACAUUGCAGACUUCAGGAUUUGGCUCACUCAUGUUCCUCAGUGGGAAUUGAGAGCACUUUGCACGAUCUAAUCGUGAGCCUCUGUGUGCUGACAACACACUGGAAACCAAAGUGCAACCUGUGUCCCCUUUAUUAUAUUAAAGGUAUCUCUAUUAUAUUAAUGAAGCAAACAAAUUUCAAAAAAAUCCCAGCGCUGUUUUUCCACAGCCCUGACUGUACUGUCUUUGAAGUGUGGUAAAUCAGUGAUUGUAAUGUUGCAUUUAGUUCCAAUUAUAGGAAGGAAAAUUACUUUCAUGUUCCUAUAUAGGAAAAAAGAAAAGCAAUUAGAAAAGUUUCCCAAUUUCAUGUUCCAUUUGUGUAAUUAGGCUGCUUGUAAAAUAGUUGGGGGUUUUCUAAGCCAUAUGCACUGGGUGCUGCUGAAGUCAACUUGCAUCUGCGCCAAUGUCAAGAAUCUUCCUGCAAUAAGCCUUUUGACAGCUGAGUUAGCUUUUCAAUAUCUGGUGCCUAAUUAACAUUUCUGAAAAGGGAUCUGCCCUUUAGAAAAAGAGAGGAAGAUGCCAAUUUAACAGCCUACUUAUUGGGUUUCUUAGGUUGGAAGCUGCCUGACUUAAUUAAUUUCUUCACGAUCCUUCUACUACCUGCUCACAAUAUGCCAAGCUCUAUUCUGGGAAAUGCUUAGGGAAGAAGAUGCAGAUCAAAGUUCUUUGCAAUAGCAGGAGGCCUUUCAUAGCUGUUACAGAUUUUGGUCCUUAAAUGGCCCUGUUUAAAAAUAGUUUUUAAAUUCAUGGAGAGGGCUUAAAUUCUUCAAUUCUUGUAAAAUUUUGAAAAAUCCUUUCCUGUUUGCUAUUUAUUUCUCUACUUAGAUGUCUAGAAAUGUUUAAAAGGCACCCAUGCUUAGGUAUUUGGCAAUAUAUUACAAUUGAAUGGAGCUAAAAUGAAGACGGCUGUUUUUAGCAACACUAUUUAUAUAGCUUCUGCCUCAGGCAAAAGUACCACUGUACACCUACAUCACUGAUUGAGCUUGGAACUGUGUUUAACUGCUGCUACAGGUCACAAAACACUGUGAGGCUGAUCUCCUGGCUCUCACUUUGGUCCCUACAUGCUGCUCCAGUACACAGGCAGCACAGAAAAGAUUGCCAUAAGAUAGAGCAGCCCUGAAGGCUGCUCUGACUUAUGCUGGGGAGGGGGGGUCAUUUUGGUCACAGCAGCAGCUUCCUGGAAUCUGAGCUGCUCAGAGGUAGUGUAAAGCCAUCUGUAACUCCCCUCUGGGCUGUUCUGUCUGUGCAGAGUCUCUCAGGAGAUCUGCACUGAAUCUGACCCUUUGUUUUUUUUAGAUCCUACAUGCUAUGGGCCAAAUUCAACUAUGAUGUACCUAUUACUUCAGUGGAGCUACAUUAGGGAUGGAUUUGGUCUCUUGCUUUUAAAUUUCCCAGUCACUGAAUACAAGUUUUUAAAAAUCCCAACUGUUUAGGGUUCUCAGUUAGCUUCCAUUGUAUACAUCUUUAUUAUAGGUGUGUAGGUUCCCCACCUGAACCAGAUUCCUCUAUUAAUGCAGCCAUAAUUUCACUGCAUUUAUUACUCUCAUUUAUUACUGCUAACACAUCUCAAAUUAACUGAAAAAUGUUUUGGCAGAUCCACUAUACUUGCACAUUAAGCACUGCUUUGCUGUUGGUAAAGUGUGGUUUUCAGCUACCAUAUACAUGGGAUUAUUCUUAUUAGUUACAGAACUUGAUCCUAUUCCCACUGAGAGAUCAGAUCACAAGGUCCAUGCCCUGAGGAGCUUACAGUCUAAAUAGAGAAGACACAGACAGGGGAUGAGGGCAGCAAGAUGCAAAGUGACCAGUGAAGCGGGGUGCUCAAACAAUCUGUGGAGUGGGGGUGAUGAGAGUUAUUGAACCAAACUGUAAACCCUGUAUAUAAUAGACACCACUUUCAGUCAGGGGGUGUGGCAGCAUCCCCAGCACCCAUAGUUCCAGCACCUAUGCAGUGAGGUUUAGCAAAUGGCUGUAACAAGGGAGCUUUUCAUCUGAGAGUCGCUGGUUCAAACAGGGCCAGGUUAGCCAUGACUGACUGGUGGCUUUUUGGUCAUAUGUUAAUGAGUUAGCAGACUCAGUUUAGUUCUUGUUAACAGGUAUCCAUGUCCCCACAAAAAGUUGUCGGGUUUAUUGACAGUCUCAGCAGAGUCCAAGGACUGAAUAGCCCAGGACCUGUUCUCUCCAUGAGCGGCUGGUGACUCCGCCGCCCGGGAAACCUAACCACCAGCCCCUCCCCGUGUGCCCGAGGCCCCGCCCCUCCCUUUCUAACUCCCCUUCCCCCACAGGAGCCCAAAGCACCCCCACCGUGGCCCCCCAGCACCGGACGGCCAGGGGUGGGGGACCAAGGCCCCAGCCCCGGUGCGCCGCAGCCUGAGCACCCCCAGCCCCUGGGUGGCGCGGUCACAGUGCCCCCAGUCCCAGUGCUGCAGGUGGCCAGGCAGCGCGGUCGCCGCACUCCCAGUCCUGGGGCUCUGGGCAGCACGAUCGCUGUGCCCCCAGCCCUGGGACUCUGUGUGGUGCAGUCACUGCACCCACAGCUCCAGGGCUCCGGGCGGCCCCUAGUCCCGGUGCUCGGGUGGCCAGCACCGGGCAGGCAGCGCGGCCCAGCACCGGCAGCCCCGAGUCACUGCAGCUGGCCUGCCGGUGGGGCCACAGUAAGCUGUUUGGGGAGGCAAAACCUCCCUUGCCUACAAUACCCGCCGCCCCUGACUCUCUCCAAAACUCAAUUGAGGCACAUUGGUGGGGCAGCACGUGCAAGACUUUCCUUACCAGUGCUGUGCCUAUUGUGCUGAGAGAGGAUGCCAGCUCCCAGGGCUAUCACUACAGCACCUUUUACCAAAAAUACAUUCAGUUUUAAAACAUAUCCUGUUGACACUUGUAGCCAGGUUAAAGGCUUUAUUGUUGAUGGUAUUGGCAGGAGACUGGCUGCAGAAAGGAUGCCAAGUUUGACUUCACCCUUAAUUUCACAAAAUAUGUGUUUAAGUGGUACAUCUACACAGCAAAAAAACACCCCUGCAGUAAGUCUCAGAGCCCUGGUCAUGCAGUAAGUCUCAGGGUCUGGGUCAAUUGACUUGGGCUCAUGGGGCUUGCGCUUGGGGCUAAAAAUAUCAGUGUAGAUGUUUGGGCUCAGGCUGGAGCCUGGGCUCUGAGAAUGAGGAGGAGGGUCUUGGAGCCCAGGCACCAGCCUGAGCCCAAACGUGUACACAUUUUCAAUGGAAAAUCCUGUGCAGGUAAAUUUCACACUCAUAUGUUUUUCAUUGCAAGGGAAGGAUGAGUGCUUUUAUUAAAAGCUAUGGCUCAUAUUGUGGCAAGGGUAAGUAUUAUUAUAGUCUAACUAAUGGUUUAUAGAAUAACUUCGGCACAAAAUUUCACAACCUCUCGUUACUCUAGAAGCAUCACAUGCAGAAGCACCCAUCAUCUACUCAGUGGUUUAAUUGCCUAACUCCUGCUCAACUUGUGUCCUUCGGCAGUUAAUAACACGACAUGUUCAUAAGACUUCUACAUGCUAGGGACACAGACCCGUAUGCUACUGAACACCCUCAACUCCCACUGAUUUCAGUAGGUGUUGAUGGCACUGAACAGCUUGCUGGAAGCAAUUGGCACCCUGCAGGAUCAGUUGCUGUUAGCACAGGUGAUUACUCCAGUAUGCACAGCACUGCACUAUGGGUGGCAGUAUUAACUGUCAUGGUUUUUUAUUUGGUCUUUAGCCUUAGUAAACAUUGCUGACUAAUACCCCAUCCUCUAUUUAAUUUCAUUCCCUUAAUAUUCAGAAACGUGCUCAUUUGCCUUUUGCCAGCAUCAUCUUUACCAUUUUCUUC